GUAAACAAUCGGAGCACGUUUAAAGGCAGGGUUAGUGCUCUAUAGCUUCUGAUUUAAGAAAAUACCCAAAGGAAAGAAAAUCUCUGCAAAGAUGGCUCGAGGUCGAGGGGGUGGAGGCUCCCGGGAUCGAGGCAGGAGAUCUUUUGGAAGAGGGGGAAGGAAAACCACUGGUGACCUCGCACGGAAAAGGAGACAGUAUCAAGAAUUUGGGGAAGCCCAUCCAGUUGAAGAAAAGGAUUUAAACCUGAAGAGAAGAAAGGUGGAAGACACAGAUGAGACCUUAGAGGAUGAACAUCAGUCUGAGUCAUCUGAUGACAGUUCAUCCAGUGAGGAUGAGGCAGGAGCAGGUGAUGCAGUUUCUAGACUUCUUGCCACUUUCAACACCACUGCCCACAAGGCCAUUGACAGUGAUGAAGAGGAGGAUGACAGUGAAGAUGAUGAAGAUGAAGAGGAUGUUGAGGAAGAAGAAAGGGGAAUAGAGGAAGAAGGAAUAGUAGGAGAUGAGCUUGGAAGUGAAGAGGAGGAGCAUGGUGAUGAAGAGGAUGAUGAUGAUGAGGAGGAGGAGGAGGAAGAGGAGGCAGAUGGGGAAGAAGAGGAUGAAGAAGAAGAGGGAACAGAGGGUGUAGAAGUGGAUGAGGCAGUGGAGGAGGAGGAAGAUGAAGCAUUUGGAGAAGGUUCAACUGAUGACGAUGAAAUGGAACCUGAACAAGAUGCUAAUGAAGAGGAUGAAAUAGAUGAUGAGGAAGAUGAGGAGAGCGCUUCCUUUGUAGAAGAUCCAUUCUCCAAACAUUUUGAGCGCAACAUGAGUGAUUCUGUUGCUGACCAGGUGAAAGACAGAAAGAAGUGGACAUCAAAAUUUGAAAAGUGGCCUGCACUAGGGAGAAUGAAGGUGGAAGUUCCUUCUGUCGAGGUGACUGUCCCCAAGUUGCUUCUUCUCUCGGAUAAGGCUGAAGCAGAUAGCGAUCUGAACAUAGGCACUGUGCCAAAGAUCCCUAAGAAGAAGGAUUACAAACUACAGGACUAUUACGUCAGGAAGUUGCUGUGUGAGAAUCUCCCACACGCCAACUUCGAUGGGAACUCGACAUGCCCCACAAGCCUCACUGAGACCCAGAAGGAGAUCCUGUCCAUCCUGUCCAAUUACUCGGACUUGUACUUCCCUGAGGCAUCCCAUGAGAGAUGGGAAGAGAUCCGGACAGUGUACACACUUCAUGCCGUCAACCAUGUCCUAAAGACCAGGAAAAAGGUGCUCAAUCACAAUGGCAAGAUCAACAAGGCCAAGCUGGAGAAGAGACACGAAGACCUGGACUGCUACCGUGAUCAAGGCUUCACCCGACCCAAAGUCCUCAUCCUCCUGCCUUUCAAACACACAGCCUAUAGAGUGGUGGAGACCCUAAUCACACUCACCCUCGAAGGCAAGAAAUCCAUAGUGUCAAAUCACAAGCGUUUCAAGCAGGACUUUGGGCCGGGAAGAGAGGACGACGGCGAACCAGCGAACAAGCUCAAUAGACCAGAUGACUUCAAUGAGACUUUCAGGGGCGACACGAAGGAGGACUUCAAAAUUGGCAUCCAGCUGACCAAAAGCAGUGUGAGGCUCUAUGCUCCCUUCACCAGCUGCGACAUCAUUCUGGCGUCACCCCUUGGCCUUCGUUAUGUCAUCGGUGACUCCUUUUCAACUACUACCGCUGCGGAUUUCCUGACAUCAAUUGAAGUCCUUAUUCUUGAUCAGGCAGAUAUCUUCAUGAUGCAGAACUGGGAACACAUCCUAGUUCUCAUGGAAGCCCUGAACAAGCAGCCUCGAAACAUCCAGGAGCUGGAGACGGACCUCACUCGGAUCCGCCUCUGGUCACUCAAUGGCCAUGCUCCCUUGUAUCGCCAGACGCUCCUGUUUUCGGCCACGCCCAUAGACCAUAAUAGAGCACUUAUCAGCAAAUGCAUGAACUUUACUGGGAGACUACAGGUGCUAAACCCUGUGACAAAUGGCUCAGUACAAGAGGUCCUCGUGCCUUCAGAGCUAAUCUUAAGCCGCUUACCUGGCACGCGUGACCCAGAUGUCCGCUUCAACUACUUCGUCCAAGAGUUACUCCCACAGUUCCAGAGCAGUCGCCGCUACCACACCAUGCUCUAUAUCCCAGACUACUGUGACUACGUCCGCUUGGUGCGCUACCUGAAAGAGGAUGGAGGCACCAGCAUGUCCACUAUUAAUGAGUAUAUGGUUGGGCAAAACAACAAGGUGGCCAAGGCUCGCAGUCAGUUCUUUGAUGGAAAGCGCCAGUUCCUGCUGUAUACAGAGCGAUUCCACUUUUAUCGUCGCUACCGCAUCAAGGGUGUCAGGCACAUUAUCUUCUACGACCUCCCAACAUAUCCGCACUUUUUCCCUGAGCUAUGCAAUCUCAUGGUUGAAGGCAACCAGAACCCCCGAAAGAAGCACAUCGGAAGCAGCACCGUGACAGUCAUGUAUCAGCGCUCUGAUCUGACGAAGCUUAUUGGUGUAUUGGGAUCGGCAAGGGCUGCAGAGGUGAUGAAGUCCAGUAAGGCAGUCCAUCUGGGCAUUAUAGGGAGAUAGGGGCAUACUUGUGUUUAUAUUCUAAAUGCCAUUGUUGAAAAAAUUAUGAAAUGUAUAGAUCCUUUACAUUUUUAAAAAUAAAAUACUGAAAAGAUAU